GAAAGAAAGAAAGGGGAGAAAACAAUCACCAGUAUACACAAUAUACUUUAUGCCACGGGAUGUAACAGUAGGUGUUAGAGAUGGAGUGAGAGAGUCAGUCAUUUCAGAUCCGCAGUGCAAAUUCUCUCCCAAAUCGAACAGCAUGUCCUUCCCUCAUCCUCAUGAGAAAGAGGAAGUAAAAGCUACGGGAAGUUUUACAGAAAAUUGUUAAUGGCGGUUGAGAGCAGAACCUCCUAAACUCAUCAACUUUAUCUAAAUCACAAGAAAUAUUCUUCCAGAUCCAAGAAAAUCUGCAGACACUCAGCAAGAGUCUUACAGGCAUCAUGACCCUCCUUUAUAUUUACAUCUUAUGGGUCGCUGCCUGUGUGGACUCCAUCAGUGCAGAUUCACACAUUACUGUAUCAGCUCGAGUGGGUUCCACAGUCAUCCUGCCAUGUAACCUGAGAAAUGUGUUCACCAAAACACCACAUGUUCGAUGGCACAACGAUGUUGGGUUUGUGUUUGAGCAAAGCAGUGGUGGUACGCAAAUAGACCCAGGAUAUGAAGGACGUGUGGACAUUCCUGAAAACGAGCUGCGUAAAGGAAACUGUUCCCUGGUGUUGAAGAACGUCAGAAUCACUGAUGACGGUGCCUAUAGAUCCUUUGUGGUGGAAUCCUUGGACAGAACUAACACAGACAAAAUGCAAGAUAUCAGCAGGGUUAAACUCUCAGUUGAUGCUUUUCAGAUAUCUGCUCAAGUGGGUUCCACAGUUGUCCUGCCGUGUGAAUGGAGCGAUCUGCCCAUCCAAACACCUCACGUUGAGUGGUAUAUCGAUUCCCAGACUGUGUUUGAGCGAAAGGGUAAAGAGUCAUUUCAGGGUGAGGGAUAUGAGGGUCGUGUGGACGUUCCUGAGGACGAGCUGCUUAAAGGAAACUGUUCCCUGGUGUUGAAGAACGUCAGUGCUACUGAUGCUGCUGUCUACAGAAGCUCCAUGGUAGUGACACACGCAAAGAAAUCUGUCUUGGUCCAGAAAGUUGAACUCUCAGUCUACGAAAAUCCUGAAAAGAGGGAAGAGGAGCCAUCAGGUGAAGCUGGAAUAAAUUGGCCUCACCUGCUGAUCUUCAUCCUUUCCCUCUUUAUGUGUUUUCUCUUCUCACGUUGAGGAAACAUCAGCGUGAUCUCUCUGUGUACAGAGACUGAUUUAGGAAAAAGAAACAAGGAAGAUUUCAGUGUCUUUCAUCAACAUUGUCAACAAGUGAACAACUGUGAGGUUCAUGAGAACAUUUCUGACCCACAUAAAGCUGUGAUGCUGAAACACCACAAUAUCAGCACGUGAGAAAGACUCGGUAUGACCAAGAGCAUCAUACAAUCAUAGCUCCUAACAGUUGUUGGCUUCUCCUGUCUGCUUUGUCUGUUUUUUUAUAUAUUGGUUAUACUUUUUAGUGCAGAUGAGAGUAGUGUCUAAAGGUGUUGAUUUGAUUUGGAGGAAUUUAUUUGGUCUCCACUGAUUCUUAUUUCACUGCCUUUGAGCAGGUGCCAGCUUCUUUACACUGACCCAAAUACACAACUUUAAUUUACUCCACAGUGUAAAUUAACCAGUAAAGUUCAAGGAGUGUGUUCAUAAAGCGUUCUUAAGUGUGGAAUAAAGCCUGCAUUAUGAUAAGUGCUCUGAGCGUACAAGGUGCCUGAGGCAUUUCAGGUGUGUUUUAACUUGGUGACCAAGCUAGGGAACAGACCCAGCAAUCAUGCAUGUCAGGUUGCUGGAAAACCAAAUCAGUUCAAUUAAAUUAAAUUUUAUUUUUAUAGCGCUUUUAACAAUGGACCUUGUCACAAAGCAACUUUACAGAAAUGGUGAGGGCGACAGCAUCCAAAUAUCCCAGUUUACCAAAACAUUCUAUGCCCUUAAGCCCUCCAGAUCUGUGCCUUUUUCAAACACUGAUACUGUGUCUGAAUCCAGAACACUAAUUGGAAGGCUGUCCCAUAACUGUGGGGCUUUGUAAGAGAGCGUUCUGCCCCCUGUUGUAGACUGCACUAUUCAAGAUACCAAAAAAGAGCCUGCACCUUUGAUCAAACAGGCGUGCCCCACCUUGUAACUUACAGGACUUAAAGGAUCUGCUGCUAAGAUCUCGGUGCCAGAUACCACAGCACACCUUCAGAGGUCUUAUGGAGUCCAUGCCUCGACAGGUCAGGACCUACACAAUAUUAGGCAGGCGGUUGAACUCUGAAUAAGUGGCUGGAAGUGUUCGGGAUCUUUGUUGUAAUUCACAGCCAUCACUUUAUUAAGCUUUCCUUUCGUGACUGAUAUGUGAGCUCAUCGUUGAUCGCUGAUGGUACUAGCCCAUCUCAGGAGAUGGAGGAGAUGUUACAGUGCAGUGAUGUUUUCUCCUCGCCUAACAGUCAGAGUCAUGACAGAUCUAAUCAGAUGUUCAUCAAUGAGUAAACUGAAUCCCACAAUGACCAGCAAUGACUAACACCUUAAUGAACAUCUUAAUUAAGACAGUGUGACAAUCUGCAAAUACAUGUUGAGGUAGUUGUAUGGAAUUUCUUUAUUAACAAUACAGCAAAAUUCGGUUAAUGCACCCGUUAACCUUCCUGGUACUGUUGGUUUAUUAGUUUAUCCUCUUUCAGUCUUUUAGCCUGUUUUAUCACUCUCUCAUUCACUUCUCCAUCUCUGAGCUGAAGCUGAAACAUACAGUUCUGUACACUUUUAGGAAGUACACUGGACAAGUUUAGAAAGUUUGCUGCUGUAACUUGUUACUUGUAGCUGUAGCAGCAAUGUGCAGUGUUAUUUGUCACAGAGGACUUCAGUUUACAUAGUUUACAUCCUGUGUUACCUGGAAUCCACAGCACAUGUGGCAAAAAAGGUCACCAGCUUCUCUUUUUUCUGUAUCGAAAUUAAUAAGACCAAAAAAAAAAAAACUCAGCUUGUCAUGUUACUGCAAUGCAA